AUGCCAGCGGCAACGGAAACCAAUGGGGUCUUCACCCCAGGGUUGAAUAGGGGGAAAGUCGUCCUCUCCCUCCAGAACUACGCUUCAGACUGUGCUUUGCAGAUAGCCGACCUCACGCUUCAUGGAUACGUAUCAACCCAUGGAGUGGCCAACUUUCUCAACAUCCCGUAUGCACAGAUCCCAGCCCGAUUCAAAACGGCGCGCUUGCUUUCGCCUUGCAGCACAAAAGGCCAUCUGGAUGCCACUCAAUACGGACCGCGAUGUCCGCAGCCGUUCGAUCCGAUCCACGACCUGAUGAAGCAUAUGUUUGAGCAACUGUCCAUGUCUCAGUACUCCAGCGAAUUUGAGUGUCUGCACCUCAACAUAUACGCACCACCUGAAGCUUUGCAGAAUCAGCAUGCGAGGAAGUUCCCCGUUUUCGCUUACAUCCAUGGAGGGGCGUUUAACUGUGGUGAUGACACGACCGAAUUCGAUGGGAACCACCUCGUGAAGAGAUCCAUGGAAUUGGGGCAACCUGCCAUUGUCGUGGUCUUGAACUACCGUCUCAACAUCCUCGGCUUCCUUUCGUCUCGCGAACUCGUCGCCGAGGCCGAGGAGGCGGGCGAAAUGCCCGUGAUCAACCAGGGGUUGAACGACCAGAAAAUCGCCCUGCAGUGGAUCCGACAGAACAUUGGUUAUUUUGGCGGGGAUGCUUCACGCGUCACGCUGUCCGGCGAGUCGGCCGGCGCCGCGUCAGUCUUGUAUCAGCUGAAGGGGAAGCAGCCUCUAUUCUCCCAGGCAAUCAUCUGCUCCUCCCCUCGCCCGUCGUUCCGCCCCUUUUCUCAGGCCCAAGCAUUGUUCGACCGGCUUGUUGAAGCUGCCGGAGUCAACGAGAAGGCCCCAUACCAAGUCAAGCUUCAAGCUCUACGAAGUUACUCGGCCCAGGAUCUGAUCGGGUUGAUACCCGACAUGCCUUUGUCGACUGCCAUUGAAGAUGCCAACUGGUUCGUCGACUGGGAUCCUCACCGAGUCAGAUCCCUCGAGUACUGGGCCGACAUGCCAACCUGGUGUUCGAGGAUCAUCGUCGGCCAUACGAAAGAUGAAGCCUCGCUGUUCCUGACUCCGAACUAUGGCACCGACCUAAGCGAGACUGACGUGCGACGGCACUUGCAAAGCAUCGACCCCGACCCGAAAUUCGCAUCGGCCAUCCUCUCGAGCGAACCGAUGAAAUCCGCCAGUUCACCGCUUCGCGGCUUAGUUGCACUGGCUACGCAAGCCGUAUUCGUUGCUCCCAUUCUGGAGUUCGCUUCGGCUGCUUCCUGUGCCGCACGGUCCCCGGGCAAGAUCUACUGCUAUUCCAUCGACGUGACGGAUCCUUUUCCUGGCGAGGCUCUAGACGGGCACAGUCCUGGCCCACUGUCAGGUUAUGCAUGGCACUCGUUCGGUAACGCGAUUCUGUUCUACCAACCGGCCUGCCAGACGCAUGCGGAACUGGCCAUCACGGCGGACAAGAUGAGUGAGGCGUACAUCAAGUUUAUGGCGGGUGGCGAGAUGGGCGCCUGGGAAUCUUUCGGCCUCGGCGGGCGGAAGAUGAGCUGGAACGGAAGCCACACUGGCCUGGUCGAUGUCGGCCUAGACUGGAGAGAUGCCGUGGCUGAAACACUGGCCAGGGAGGGCGGCCCGGCUUGGGUAGAGGCGUACAGAGCCAACGGAUUGCGAAGCAUUCAUCCGCUACCAGAAUUGUGUGCUCGAUCACACGGCGAGGUCAAUGGUAAUGGAAACGGGAAUGGGAGCGUCGAGCAAUAA